AUGUCGUUUAACUUUGUUGGCAGUACUAAAGUACUGAAAAAUAUUGAGGAAAUUACUUCAAUUGAUGAUUUGAAUUCAGAUAACAUAGAAUUAGUUAGAGGAGAGACACCAAUCGAUAUCAAUGAUCAAUGUUUACAGUUAUGUAAGGAUUAUCUGUCGGGUGAAUGGAUUCAACAAACAGUGGACACCAUUACUGUCCGACGUAUUACCGGUGGACUCACUAAUCAAAUAUAUUAUUGUGGUAUUAAUGAACCAAAUAUGACAUCAAAAGUACCACAAGAAGUGGCGGUUAAACUUUAUGGAGAAAAAUAUUUAAAAAAUAGUAACGAAAACUAUGAAAGACUUAACGAUGUUAUUAUUGAUUUGAUGGUAUCUGAAAAUGAAAUUGGUCCCAAAAUUUAUGCUAUAUUUGAACAUGGAGAAUUACAAAAAUAUUAUAAGCAUAGACAGUUCAGAAUUGCUGAACAAAGUAAUCCUAAACUGGUUGAUGAAGUGUUCCGCAAAUUGGCCCGAAUUCACGCCAUGGAUGUGCCCAUCAAACGUACAAAUAAUCGUUUGGAUAGAAUUAAUGAAUUAUAUAAAUUUAUAUUUGAAGACAAUGUUGAUAUCAAAGAAAUACUUGAAACAAACAAUUGUCAAACACUAUUAAAUACUGAUAUUAAAAGCGAAAUUGAGUUUAUUAGAAAUCUUAUAGUAAAAGCCAACAGUCCUAUUGUGUUCAGCCAUUGUGACUAUAGAUCAAGUAAUUUAUUAGUUACUGAAUCGGCCGAUCAAACUGACGGUCCAAUAGUUGUCUGUGAUUUUGAAUACGGAUCGUAUGGUUAUAGGGGUUACGACUUUAUAUUACUAACACGAGAAUGGGGUCAAAAAGCGUCAGAUUCUACUUCCAGGGGUUUACCUCUUGAUGUAUCAGUUAUACAACCAUUGAUUGAGAUCUAUGUUAAUGAAUGCGAAAACAUUUUUGGCAAACAAUUUACAGCAAAUGAAAUCAAUUCUGUGGAUCACAUCAUCAAUGAAAUCAAUUUAUUUCAUUUCUGGUGA